AUGCCCAUCCCCUCGCUCCCCCUCCUCCCCCCCGACACCUCCCACCUCACCCAAAAAUACGGCCGCGAAACCGCCAACUACUUCUCCGGUAGUCCCCUCAACCGACUCUCCUUCCUGCGCGCCGACCCCGUCUUUUUGCGCUCCGCCUUCGCCCACCCCUCCACCCGUUUCCUCCUCCUCAACAACCUCGCCCCGCUGGUACGUGCCGACGAUGACCGGGCCACGCUGGCGUUUGCGCGCGUCGCGGAUGUAGUACCCCUCGUGGGCACGGCGGAGGAGAGGUUUGGAAAGAGUGAGGAGGAGAUGGUGAAGGGGUUUGAUUCCGGGAGGGAGGAGGUGGGGGUGGUGUUUUUGGGGGUUGAUGAGGGGGGGUUGGUGGAGGAACGGGAUGGGAAGGAUGGGAAGGAUGGGAAGGAGGAAGAGGGGUUUGGGUAUAGAGAUUUUAGGGGGGCGCCGUAUUUUGCGGUGGAUGUUACGCCGCGCGGGGGGAAGGCGGGUGCUGCGGAGGAGUUGAUUGAUAAGGUUAAGGGGAGGGGACAUGUGUUUCAUGAUAACUCGCCGAGGCAUAUGGGGUUGGUUGCUGGUCAUGCCGCCCUCUACGGCCAAGCCCGCGCGCUAAUCGACUGGAACACGCGCACCCCCUUCUGCGCCCAAUGCGGCCAACGCACCCUCUCCGUCCACGCCGGCACCAAGCGCAUCUGUCCGCCGACCGACACCAACCCGUCCGCCGGCCCCCGCCUCCCCUGCGCCACCCGCGGCGUCGUCUCCAACCACAGCUUCCCGCGCACCGACCCCACCGUGAUCAUGGCCAUCCUCAGCGCGGACGGCACGCGUGUCCUCCUCGGCCGCCAACGCCGCUGGCCCGCCGACUGGUACAGCACCUUAGCCGGGUUCCAAGAGCCCGGGGAAUCGAUCGAGGAAGCCGUGCGGCGCGAGGUGUGGGAGGAGAGCGGGGUGCGUGUCGGGCGCGUGGUGCUGCAUAGUUCGCAGCCGUGGCCGUUUCCGGCGAGUUUGAUGAUUGGGGCGAUUGGGCAGGCGGUUGCGGCGGGGGAGGAUCCGAAGGCGGAGGAGAUUUAUCUGGGGCAUGAUGCGGAACUGGAGAGUGCGAAGUGGUUUGCGCUGGAGGAGGUACGCGAGGCGUUGGCCAAGGGGACGAGUAAUUUGGGCGAGGGCGCGCCGGAGGGACACAGGGAGGGGGCGUUGAGGUUGCCGCCGCAGACGGCGAUUGCGAAUCGGUUGAUUUCGGCGGUGGUCGAGGGGGGGUGGGUUGUGUCGAGGAUUUAG